GGGGAGCGUGUGAAACAUUGGAAACUGUGGAACGACACCAAAGUCGCCUGCACGUGAAGACAUCGCCCAGUCUUCAUCAAGACAUGUUCGCGGGAUGCAGUGUAGGCCUUGUGCGUGUGGUUGGAUGCCUAAUGGUUGUGCAUACUGCUGCUGCCUUUCCAGUCCAGAAAGAGCCUUUUGGACUGGAGGAAUCGAUAUCCAGUGACUACACAGCACGGACAUAUUACGCUCAAUGGAUAAGUGACACGGCGUUGCUCUAUGUGGACGAGGACAGGAUGUUCUAUUACGACCUCGAUACAGUGGAGCACACAACGCUGGUGCCAAAGGAGGUGUACUCUUAUUUUAGCCCAGUAAAAAGAGCGCUGUCAAACGACUGGAGUUUCGUCCUUCUCGGUUAUGACGCAGAGAAGGUUGUCGGAAACGCGGCUGUUGCACGUUAUGUGGUCUACAGUGUUAAAGACAACACCACAAUACACAUCGGCGAAGGCAAGCGGCUGCAGCUGGCCAAGUGGGGGCCAGGCAACAGGCUGGCCUACGUGCAUGAGAACGACAUCUACUACCUGGCCGAACCCACCGCCGAGCCGCUGCAGGUCACUACGGAUGGCGUGCCGAUGGCAGUCUAUAACGGCAUCGUCGACGACUACGGACAUUUGUCGCAGUCUGCCUCAAACACGGUGGGCAGGGCAAACAUGCUGCUGUGGUCUCCGGACGGGCGACGAAUCGCCUACGGACAGUACAACGCCUCAGACGUCUACUACACAGCCUUCGAGUACUACGACUCAGCUGGAGGUGGAGAGUACCAGUACACGAGGUUCCUGAAGUUCCGCUACUCGAAGCCAGGGACGCCCGUAGCCACUGUUCAUCUCAGGGUCGCCACUUUGCCGUCCGACAUAUCGACCCCAGUUGCCUUCCAAGAGCUGUUGGCUCCAACAGACGUCGUCGGACAUGACCACAACCUCGAAGAUAUAGUAUGGACCGAUAACGACAUUUUAAUGGCUUCAUGGAAAAAUCGAGUUGAAAACAUAAACCAGAUUGUCAGCUACAAUACUUCCAAAAAGAUGGGGCGUCUUCGUGGACAGAAGGGCCUGAAACUAGAGAGAAAGGACGGCUGGGUGGACUACAAGCAGUUAAUGCCUGGAUAUCGCAACCCUUCAACUUAUCUGAUUAUCGACUGGGAGCCGCAAGGCGAAGCUGGCAACUUCCCACAUGUGGUCAAAGUGACGGGUACAUCGAGAACACCCAUCACUUCCGGGGAGUUCACAGUUACCGACAUAUAUGGAUGGGAUGAUAAUGGUGUAGUGUACUACCAAGCGACAGAGGAGGGGCAGCCGUCCCGCCGGCAGGUAUACGCUGUGCAGGAGGGGGCUUCCCCGCGCUGCCUCAGCUGUGAUGUUUACAGCACCGAAGGGAACCCCUGCCAGCGAGCCAGCGCCGAUUUUAGCUCCGACUUCACGUGGUCGAUCUUCACUUGUCAUGGCCCGGAUCCAUCAGUCCUGUCUGUGCGUUACACGGCCCAAUUCGCAGAUAUCAGCAAAGAUGUGGUGCUGAACUUGGACCUGCGGAGGUCGCUGUCCGUCAAGCAGCUGCCUCAACGCUUGGACGACUGGGUGGACGUGGGCGACGGAAUGCGUGCACAGGUUCGCAUGUGGCUCCCACCGGGGCUCGACCCAGAGGGCUCCGAGAAGAGGCCCGCCAUCGUCGAUGUGUACGCAGGUCCAGGCUCGCAGAACAUAGACGACUCUUACGAGGUGGGCCUGCACAGCUACUUCGCGACGACGCGACGUUACGUGUACGUGCUCAUCGACGGCCGCGGGUCUGCCUGUAAAGGCGACCGGGUGCUCUUCUCCGUCUACCGCAGGCUGGGCGGCGUGGAGGUCCAGGACCAGAUAGACGUCACAAAGCGGCUAACGGAGAAGUACCGCUUCAUCGACAGCUCGCGCGUCGCCAUCUGGGGCUGGAGCUACGGCGGCUACGUGACGGCCAUGGCUCUGGCGCGCGACCACGAGGGCGUCUUCAGGUGCGGCGCCUCUGUGGCCCCAGUCGCCGACUGGUUGUACUACGAUGCGAAAUAUACGGAGAAAUACAUGGGGCUGCCCACUCCAGAGGACAACAAGGCAGGUUACAGUGCCAGUGACGUCACGAGACUGGCUGACCGCUUCGCCAACAAGAUGUUCCUGCUGAUCCACGGGACGGCGGAUGACAACGUCCUCUACCAGAACUCCAUGAUGCUAGCGCGCGCCCUCGAGGAGGCGGGCGUUCUCUUCAGGCAGCAGACUUACCCAGAUGAAUAUCACUGGAUAAACGGAUUGAGGACUCACUUGUAUCACACUAUUGAUGCCUUCUUCACUGAGUGCUUUGAUGAACAAUCCCCAUCUCCUCUUAUGAAGAUCACUCAACCCCCAUCCCCUCUUGUGAAGACCACUGAGUCCCCAACUGCUACUGUGAAGACCACUUAUUCCCCAUCUCCUGCUGAGAAGGCCACUGAGUCCCCAUCUCCUACUGAGAAGACCACUCAGUCCCCAUCUCCUAUUGACAAGACCGCUCAAUCCCCAUCUCCUGCUGAGAAGACCACUCAGUCCCCAUCUCCUGCUGAGAUGACCACUCAGUCCCCAUCUCCUGCUGAGAAGACCGCUCAAUCCCCAUCUCCUGCUGAGAAGACCGCUCAAUCCCCAUCUCCUGCUGAGAAGACCACUCAGUCCCCAUCUCCUGCUGAGAAGACCACUCAGUCCCCAUCUCUUGCUGUGAAGACCUCUCAAUUCCCAUCUUCUGCUAUGAAGACCUCUCAGUUCCCAUCUUCUGCUGUGAAGACCUCUCAAUUCUCAUCUUCUGCUGUGAAGACCAUUCAAACUCCAUCUAGUGCUGUGAAGACUGCUGGGAGGCUGAUGGCAGUAGUGGUUGCAACAUUGGCCAGCCUGCAUUUUCUGUAAGAGAAAGAGUUCCACUCUUCUAUCUGUGACAUCUGCUUCAUUGGUGAGAGCCACAUGUUGAUAUGUACAACACUGGUACAUAAUAAUUGGCCAAUUUUACAAAAAAGAAGAAACAUUUGGGUAAGUGGGCAGAAACUGCUCAUUUGGCAUAGUAACUGCCUUUGGUAACACAGUACAUUUUCAAUACAAAAAUGCUUUUACCACUAGUGCAAGUAGUAUGAGCAAUUAAAUUGUACGAGAGAGCUGUAAGUGGUGAAAUAUUAGAAACUCUGUAUAAGUUAGCCUUAGUGAUAAAAAAAGUGGUGGCAGGAUGUAGAACUCCAUGGUUUUGUGUUUUUGCAUGCUUCCAGUGAUCAAGUGUGGGAGAACCCCAUCCAGCAAGGAGUAGGAUCGCAAUAUGUUCACCAGCAGAUGCUGUUUCUUGUGCAGUUUCUGGUGAUGCAAGUACAGCAGAACAAGGUACACCACAUCUGCAGUUAUUAUUCUUAAUGUUAAUGUGCUACAAAAUUGCCAAUAACAGCACACAAACUACAGUUUAUACUGAAGCUGGUUGGGGUUGCACACUGAAUUCUAUAGUUUGAAUGUGCUCACCAGUGUUGAAAAUAAUAGGAGGAUGGUGCAGGGUUGCGUCGUUUGAGCGUAACGUAUUUUGCUCGACAUGCUGCUCUUUAGAAACUAUAUGUAAUGUCGGUAGGCAGUUGCUUUUUCCCUUGCUCAUAGCUAUUAUAGUACGUAUUACAAAUGAAGGUGUCUCUGCACCGAGAAAGACAGCAAUAGGGAAGUAUCGAGGGGGAGGUUUGCUCACUUGUGGUAGCAGAAAGUGGGCAAACAACUUCCAUGUUGCCAUGUCUUACAAUGUGUUGCUGAUGACAACAAUAAAUAAAUCUGUAUCGCCACUGAAAUGUGGCUACUUUGUACUCUGUAGGAUAGUAUUUAUCGCCGUACAGCGUUACUUAUGGUGAGAUAUCCAGAGCAGACUAAUGAGUAAGUAUCAUUGAUUCCAGGGAUUAGUAGAGGGGAAGGGCUAAGUAAUGCGCAGAACGAAUAAAUGGGCAGCUUUUCGACGUGCUACGUUCUAUACUUUCCUAUAACUGUCUGGACAUGUUCUAACAGUCUGCCACUAAUCCAACGAACUCUGAACAUUGGUUUCCUUUCCUCUUACGUUUUCUAUCGAAAACUAUUCAACAGUUUUCUUCAGACUCGUGAAUGAAGUUCAUAACAGCAACACAAAAUCCUACUGUGUAUCUACAGAUACUCUAUCGUUAUGUUUAUGAGCUGCACUUUGUCCCCUGGGCAACUUUUUCCAAUGUCAUAAUAUCUACUUAAAGUAUCGUGUGGGUGAGCUAAGUGGCGCAGUCGUGAGACACUGAUCUCGCAUUUGUGUGGAUGGCAGCUCAAAUCCCAGUCUAGCCACCAAGUUUCAGGUUUCUAUGAUUUCUUUGAAUCGCUUGGGACAACUUAUGGAAAAUAACUCAAGCAAUUCCUUCUAUCCAAAGCCUUCGCUUCAUCUUUUAUGAGUCCAUCGUCAACAUUACGUUACUGAAUAAAUUCACAAAAGAUAAAUAUUGUUACUGAAAUUUCAAAAUUGUAACUGUGUAAAAAAUCAGUACAUAUGACACAAACAAUUUAUUAUUGUGAUUGAACUUUUUCUUGUAAAUGAGUAUUGAUGGGUAGUUAUAGCUACAAUGCAGAAGAUCACUGUAGUAAUACUGCUAUUUCCUUCAAACUGUUGGAAGAAAUAUUUAAGAGUGACCUAUGUAUUAUUAUGGAGUCAUGUUAUCUAGUCAAUGUAUACUAAUUU